GGCCGGACGCAGAGAGGGGGCGCGUGGCUGUCGGCGGGGACGCACCCACUCAGUAGCUGUGUCGCCGGCUGCUCCGGGGCCUGGAUAGUGAGGCUGCGCGGGUCCGACUGCCGGCUGGAGGACUGCAGGACCGCCCUCUGUUGCCUAGGCUGCCGGUGAAUUCAAAGUCAUCCCCCUGCUUCAGUUUGCUGAGAGCUGGGAUUACAGGUGUACUUGGUCACCAUGAAGCCCCUGCACCCAGCCCUCCCUGGCUGCCUCCUCUUGGUGCUGUUUGGUAUAUGGCGGACUGUCCCCCAGACUCACGCCUCAUCCGCUGCCGUGCCAGCCCUCAGCGCCACCUCUUUCCUGGAAAACCUCAUGAACCGCUAUGGGGAGAAUGACAGCCUUACCCUGCCACAGCUGAAGGCCCUGCUCAACCACCUGGAUGUGGGAGUAGGCCGGGAUAAUGUUACACACCCCAGGGAAGGACACAGGAACCUCUCCACGUGCUUUAGCUCUGGAGACCUCUUUGCUGCCCACAAUUUCAGUGAGCGGUCUCAGAUCGGGAUGAGUGAGUUUCGGGAGUUCUGCCCCACCAUUCUCCAGCAGUUGGAUUCCAGGGCUUGCACCUCAGAAAACCAGGAGAACGAGGAAAACGAGCAGACAGAGGAGGGGAAGCCUAGCGCCAUUGAAGUAUGGGGGUACGGUCUCCUCUGCGUUACCGUCAUCUCCCUCUGCUCCCUCAUGGGGGCCAGCGUGGUGCCCUUCAUGAAGAAGACUUUUUACAAGAGGCUGCUGCUCUACUUCAUAGCCUUGGCGAUUGGAACCCUCUACUCCAACGCCCUCUUCCAGCUCAUCCCCGAGGCUUUUGGUUUCAACCCUCAGGACAACUAUGUCUCCAAGUCUGCGGUGGUGUUUGGGGGCUUCUACCUUUUCUUUUUUACAGAGAAGAUCCUGAAGAUGCUCCUGAAGCAGAAAAAUGAGCACCAUCAUGGGCAUAACCAUUUUGCCUCUGAGACUCUUCCUUCCAAGAAGGACCAGGAGGAGGGUGUGACGGAGAAGCUCCAGAAUGGGGACCUGGAUCACAUGAUUCCCCAGCACUGCAACAGUGACCUGGAUGGCAAGGCACCUGACGCGGACGAGAAGGUCAUCGUAGGCUCGAUGUCUGUGCAGGACCUGCAGGCAUCCCAGAGUGCUUGCUACUGGCUCAAAGGGGUCCGAUACUCUGACAUUGGUACCCUGGCCUGGAUGAUCACCCUGAGCGACGGUCUCCACAAUUUCAUCGAUGGCCUGGCUAUUGGUGCCUCCUUCACUGUGUCUGUUUUCCAAGGCAUCAGCACGUCAGUGGCCAUUCUCUGUGAGGAAUUCCCACACGAGCUGGGAGACUUUGUUAUCCUGCUCAAUGCUGGUAUGAGCAUCCAGCAGGCUCUCUUCUUCAACUUCCUUUCCGCUUGCUGCUGCUAUGUGGGGCUGGCCUUUGGCAUCCUGGCUGGAAGUCAUUUCUCUGCCAACUGGAUUUUUGCACUGGCUGGAGGAAUGUUCUUGUAUAUUGCUCUAGCUGAUAUGUUCCCUGAGAUGAACGAGGUCUGUCAAGAGGAUGAGAGGAAGGACAGCUUCCUGGUCCCCUUUGUCAUCCAGAAUCUUGGCCUCCUGACUGGCUUCUCCAUCAUGCUGGUCCUCACAAUGUACUCAGGGCAGAUUCAGAUUGGGUAGGACCCUGCCCCCGGGGAGCCAGUGGCAUUUCGCAUCAGACUCUGGGCCUUACGUCCCCGGCCUGAGGACUCGGCAUCCAUGAAGCAUCAUGGAAGAGGCAGUUCUUUACACACUGGCACAGACUGCCUGCCUGCAUUCAGAUGUCAGCUGUUUCAAAAUAUCCUGUCCCAGGAAGAACCUGCCCCGGGAAUCUCUAGGUAGUGCCUCAAACCGUCUCCCCGACCCUUUCCACAGAUGAUUCUGGAACUGAAAUGCCUCACGUAGGACACACCUCCCUUUUCCUUCUGGUCACCCCCGUCUGUCUCUUUCUCUCGGAGGAAGCACCGAGAGAUGUUGAAUCUUUUACAAUGUAAAGAUGAAGCCAAUGGUCAUGGUUUAGUUAGAAAUAUCAGGGUGGUUUCCAACUUUGGGGGCCUGUGAUUCUGAAUGUGUGUACCCUGGACCUCAGGUCAGUCCAUCUUGACAUGGGUUCUCACGUUUUUUACAGAGAAAGGACAGAAGAUAAGAAUCCUGGUUUGUUUGUUUUUUUUUUUUUUCAGUCUGUUCAGUUAACUGAUCUCUGAAAGAGACUGGCAUUCUGAGCAGAUGAGGCAGGGGAUCACCUCAAGUGACAAGGAGGUAGAACUAGUGGUGGAUGGCCUGUCUCCUUGGUGCUCUCUGGUCCCCACUAGGAUGCUGGAUGCUGGUUGUGUGCAGCAGCUGCGUCACACAGGCAGCCAGGUGAGCCACUGUGGACAGUCUUCAGAGUGGCAAGAGGUCUGCACUAAAUCAAUUCAUUUUGCCCUGAUUUUCACACACACACCCUCUUGGCUUCCUUUUCUAGAUACUUUUUAGAUGCCUCACUAGGAGCACAUUUAAGAUGUUUGUGGGGGAAAUUGCACAAAUUAAUCUCCCCUGGUCUAGCCUCCUGCCUAGGUGAACCUGACACAGAAUCGGCACACAGUUGUUUAUGCCUUAUUGUGACAAAGGUAAUCAGAAAUGGGGUCAGUGCUGGCCAGACUUAGGACUUGUUAAUUGCAGAAAUAAUAGUUGAAUACCAAGGAACUCUGGACCUUGAGGUCAGACCUUGAGGUCAGGGCUGCGGACGUCACUGCUGCCAGUGAGUUUUAAAGGGCAACACUGUCUAGCUACCACCUCCUCCCUGGCCCCAGGCAACAGGAUUGAAGCCUGAAUUGAGCUGAGUAUAAAGCGCUUUCUUUGGCUCCGGAAAAACGGAUGGUUAUGCUUGACAUUUCACACCACAGGCCGGCCUCAGACACUGUGGAGCCCUCUCCUCAGAACUCUGGCUUCCAGGGGAGCUAAUCUCCAGGUUCACUAAGUGAAUUCAUAUACUAUUAUCAUAUUGAUAACGCAGAUUCCUUAGCCACUUUGGGGAGCUAGUCUCUCCCGGAGCCUUUCUUAGUGGUGCCCACAGUCACAGCCCAGGGGCCAUUGUUUGCAUGGCUGACAGUACUGGUUCAUUGCCAACACCUGAGUCUUUCUGUUCUUACCCAGGAAAACUGUCCAUUUAAAAACAGCAUAUAUAUGCAUAUAUACACACACAUGUGUAUAUAUAUGAACACAUAUAUGUGUGCAUGUGUGAACACAUGUGUAUAUAUAUGUUCAUUCUUGGGGAAGCAUGCUUGCAACCAGGAACCCUGACAACACACCUCGGGGAACAUAGAGAUUUGCUCGGUUUCUCUCCCGUCCUUACCUCUCUUGCCUUGGGUGGGUUUGAGAAGAGGCAGGAGGAAGAGGAAACUUCAGCAAUCAUGGUUCUAGAUUGAAUGUUAGGACCAAGUCCUGGUAGGAUUGGGGUCCAGUUUUACCAAAGAACCAAUUCCUUCGAUGUCAGAAUCUAGUAGUUUAUGUCAUCGUCAUCGUCCUCACUGUUGUCACUGUUUGAAGAGGAGUCUUUAUCUUUUCUGUUUUAUUUUUCCGACAACCGCGUCAGGAGCUUGCAGAGAUUGACACUCAAACUCUAAGGCUGAGCACGGUGUGGUGGCUCACACCUGUAAUCUCAACCCUCAGGAGGCAGAGUUGGUCGGAGGCUCAAGUUUUGCACCAACCUGGGCUCCAUAGAGAAUCAGUCGCUGGCCAGCCUGGGCUACAUAGUGAGAUCCUGUGUCAGCCAGACAAAAUGAAGAUUAAAAACAUAAAACUUAGUACUCUUUUAUGUGUGGGCUGAGGGUGUGGUUCGGUGGUAGAGCUUUUGCCUAGUGUGUGUGUGACACCCUGAAUUUCGUUCCCAGCACCACCACACCCACCCCCAAAAAAGAUUGGAAGAUUCUGCUUUGCUUAGUUCACGUUCUUGUGUACUAGAAUUUAAUUUUAGAAUCCCCUCUAGAUGCUGUUACUCCUUAAAUCCCCUUCAUGCUGAAGGAGGACAGUGGCUUUAGAAGAGCUUCAGAAUAGUUUUAAACAUGAGAUAGGGUGCUUGCCACGCACACUUCAAGGAACUCGAGAACUUUCUUGUGCAGACAGCUGCCUUUCAAGGGAAAUCCUGGAGCCUCAUUCUUCAGACUCCGGUGGGGGUGGGGUGGGGUGCUCCGGUCCAGCUGAUUAUCUGUGGCUGUUGGCUGCAGAUUUGCCCAGCGAGUUGAAAUCGUGGCCACCGAAUCUUUCUGACUGUCAAAUGUUGAACUUGCUGUUUUAAGCAUUUGUACAUAUUAGAAGUCCAAGGGGUGGUGAGUUGUUUAGCGGACUUUCCCCCUCUGGCCUUAUUGCCUGUAGCUUUCUGCCCCCUGCUAACACUAGCAAGGAAAGUGCUUGUCACACAGAGGAAGGAGCCCUUAGCCAGGGAUAGGGUCCUGUCACUUCACACCUCAUCCCUGACCUCACCUUUUGUCACCCACCCCUUACCCCCAAUAUUUAGUGUCUGAUGUCUGGUGUCAGCAGGGGAGCAUUCUUCAGUAACCCUUCACCCUGGGUUUUAAACGACUUCUCUGUUUGGGUCGCCUAGGAUCCAGCUUUAGCGAACCCUCUUCCAAAGAGAUGCAGAUAAGCUGGGUGAUUUUUGCAAAAAGAAAGAGGAUUUUAUUCAUAGUUCCCUUUACAGUUCCAUCACAGUAUUUUUUAAAAUAACUCAGGUGUUAUGAGAAGAAUUAGAAAAUAAAAUAACUUAUGUCAUGUGGACUGUAAGUGUUUUAUUUGUAAGAGUCUAUAAAUAAAGCUAUAUUCUGUAAGAAUU